UCCGCCAGCUCUCACAGUCCCGUUACGCACGGAUCCAACUUUUAGAGAAGUUCGCGUUUUAGCUCGUUGUUAAAAGAGAGACUGACAAUAAGUUAGAGGAAAAAAAAAAUCUCAGCGCAGGACCCUUUGUUUUUCAGCGAAACCUUCUGUGAAUAAAUAGGACUAUGUCGGUGGUGAGCGCAGUGCCGUUCCUGAAGCCUCUCCACAUGCGCUCUCCGGUGCCUCAGGGUCGCCGCCACACGCUGCCGGCCAGCGAGUUCCGCUCCCUCAGCCCGGAAGAUGCCAUCAGUGUAUUCGAAAUUGAAAGAGAAGCUUUCAUCUCUGUCUCCGGUGAGUGUCCUCUCCACCUGGACGAGGUGCGUCACUUCCUCACUCUGUGUCCUGAGCUGUCUCUUGGCUGGUUCGAGGAGGGACGGCUGGUGGCUUUUAUCAUCGGCUCACUUUGGGACCAGGAGAGGCUUACCACGGACGCCUUGACUCUCCACAAGCCUCACGGGACCACUGUCCACAUCCACGUCCUGGCUGUCCACCGGACCUUCCGUCAGCAGGGAAAAGGCUCCAUCCUGAUGUGGCGCUACCUACAGUACCUCCGCUGCCUGCCCUACGUCCGCCGUGCCGUGCUCAUGUGUGAGGACUUCCUGGUCCCCUUCUACCAGAAGUCAGGCUUCAAAGUGCUGGGCCCCAGCAACAUCACAGUGGGGCCCCUCAACUUCACAGAAAUGUUCUACUCUGUGAGGGGCCACGCCUUCAUGCGUCGCAACAGCGGCUGCUGAAGACAGAGAGACUCGAUGUGGAUUUUUUUUAUGGCCGUCAUUGGUGGUGGAGACCCCUGAGAAACAGGGAAAGGGGCCAUGUGAGCAGUUUUGUUGAGCGGCAGGUGCAGUGAGUGUGUUUGUCAUCAUCACUGUGAGUGAAGCCUGUUUGGCAGGAAGUGAGGCGUGAAUUCUGACCCUGAGUCUGCAGAGAGCCAAAAACAAAACGCUGUCGAUAGCAGCUGUUUGAAAAAGCGGUCUGAAACUAAAGUUUGAUUUGCAUUUUAGUGAAAAAACAAAUCACAGAUCUUCAUUUUAAUAAAUGCUGGACAUUUAUUAAUUGUACCUCGCGGAAAGCUGCUGCCUUGUUUAUUUCUUCCCCUCCUUUUUUUUGUUUUUUUAAGCCAGCCAUUAAGGACAAGUUUAAAUAAUAAAGUUGAUAUCUUUAGUAAUUCUCCACAAAUAUUUGACAGCCUUAGAAGAUUACUGAUAAUGUGACACUAAAGUAAUUGCAUAACUACAUGCCAAAGUAAACAAGUUAACUUUCAACAACUCCGGACUAAAUCAAUAACAGGGAAGUUAAACAGACAAGAGGCUAACAUUUGAACUUGAACAUGAUUACAUGUUGCUUUAUAUUUAGCUUUCAGUGAUCCUGUCAGUGACUGUGUAUAAAUCUGAGGUGUGUGCAAUGUGUGGUGAGAACCUCCUGCUUUAAAAGUAUAUCUUCUUUGUAGUCUCCUCUCACCUUUUUCUUUGCAGACAGCCACCAUCUUUGCCUCCCAAAGUCUUGAAUCAAGACAGUCAUUUUUACACUGUUUUGUUCUAAUAAACGUUCUAUUUUCUAA